CUAUAGGCUAUUUCCUUCCUCCGUGCCUGAGAGGCAGGUCGACAUUGCCACACAAAUCAGCCUCAUUGCGCGAGAGUCCUUCGAAACAACCGAUCGAUAGAGCAGAUCGAGCCAUGACCUCAGGCGCGUGUAUCAUGCACGCUUACGCGUAUGGUGCGCUGCAGGUGUGGAGGUGUGCGCGGGCCUGGUGAGCUUCCUGAUGAGCGGCUACCUGCACGCGCUGCUGGCGCAGUCCCUGCUGCAGCUGCUCCUGUCCUUCACCGACUUCAACCUGGUGCCGCUGUCCGGAUGCUACGGCUUCUGGGAGCAGCAGCUCGAGACCUGCUACAGGGCCGAGAGGCGGCUGUGCGGGUUGCAACCCUCCGUGCAGCGCUCUGCACGGAAAGGCCACCAGAACCGCUCGUCGCUGCCUUUGCACAUGCGACCGUUCAAGUACGACGACGCCGUCAUGGACUGCGUCAACGUCACCGAGACAAUGAGCGAGCACUUCUUCCACACGUCCGUGGGCCUCCGGUCGCACCGGCAGGUGUGGCGCGUGGGCAGCUUGCAUUUCGAGCUCCUGCUGUGCCUGGGGCUCAUGUGGGCGCUGCUGUACGUCUGCCUCGCGUCGGGCCUGCGAACGCCGGUGGGUACUGCGCUGUGA